UUUAUGUAUUUUGGCCGCGGAUAAGAGUUUGAAGCGCUCCCGGCUCGGAGCGGGGCGUGGAAGGAGGCCGCCCUCCGAGCGGCCCCGGGACUUUCCCUGCUGGAGGGGGCGGGGGUACCCGUCCCGCUCACCGUUCCCGCCGUGUCCCUCCCCCCCGCCCCCCCAGGAGGGCUGUGAGGGUGUUGGCGGGAAGGGCGUCUGUGGCGAGGAGGGGGGCAGCACAGGCCCCGCUGCCUCGGGGAAGACGCGGCUCCCGGCGCUGUGCGCCCGAGCUGCUGCUGGUUACGCCAGCCCCGCCGCCUGCCUCUGCCUCUGCUCGCCUCUGAUUCUGCGCACAGCCAGCCCCAAAGCCUGUCAUUCUGCAAAACACAGUUUACUCAACAGAGCGAGUGGGGGAGCGGGAGAGGUGGAGAGAGGGAGACGGCGCCGAGGAGCCCAGUCCCGCAACCCAGCAUGGCUUCAGGGGACCUUUACGAGGUAGAGAGGAUUGUAGACAGAAGAAAGAACAAGAAGGGCAAAUGGGAGUAUCUUAUCAGGUGGAAAGGCUACGGAAGCAAUGAAGACACCUGGGAACCUGAACAUCAUCUACUGCAUUGUGAGGAAUUUAUUGAUGAGUUCAAUGGACUACAUGUUUCUAGAGAAAAGCGAUCCAGACAUGGGAAACAGGCUCCUAAGUUUUUACGGGAAAGCCGAGGGUCAUCUCUUGAGAAAAUACCACACAGACCUUCUGAAACUGGGAAGUCUAAAGGGUCAGCACACAAAAGGAAGAGAAUUAACCCAUCUCUUCAAAAACAGAAAAGGGGAUACACAGCAAAGCCAGCAUCUGCUAAUGACAGGGCUGCUAAAACUGUGACUUACCGAACUACUCCCAGCGGUUUACAGAUUAUGCCACUGAAAAAGCCACACAGUGGUCUGCAGAAUGGAGAUGGUAGUCACGAAAAGGAUUCUAGACAUUUUGGGAAUGGCUCACAACAGCAAAACAUGGAUUCCAAUGAACAUGAAGGAGAACAAAACUUGGCCAGCGUUUUGGAAGUUAGUAAUGAUUCGCCUGUUGUGAAUGGAACUGGUUCUUCUCUGGCCAAUGGAAGCUUGAAUCUACACAGCACUGUGAAAAGGAAACUAGAUGGGGAGAAAGAUUAUGUCUUCGAUAAGAGAGUAAGAUACAGCGUGCGUCAAAAUGAAAGUAACUGCCGGUUCAGGGACAUUGUAGUCCGGAAAGAAUAUGGUUUCACGCAUAUUUUGCUGUCAAGUCAGACUUCAGAUAACAAUGCGUUGACCCCAGAGAUCAUGAAGGAAGUUCGGAGAGCAUUGUGCAAUGCAUCAGCUGAUGACAGUAAACUCUUACUUCUCAGCGCAGUGGGAAGUGUAUUCUGUAGUGGCCUAGAUUACUCAUAUUUAAUGGGCAGGUUAUCCAGUGACAGAAGAAAGGAAAGCACUAGGAUUGCAGAAGCUAUAAGGGAUUUUGUAAAAGCUUUUAUUCAGUUUAAGAAGCCCAUUGUGGUUGCUAUCAACGGCCCUGCUCUUGGGUUAGGAGCUUCUAUUUUACCACUAUGUGAUAUCGUUUGGGCAAGUGAGAAGGCGUGGUUUCAGACACCAUAUGCAACAAUCCGACUCACUCCAGCUGGCUGCUCAUCAUACACAUUCCCACAAAUUCUGGGGGUUGCACUGGCCAAUGAAAUGUUGUUCUGUGGGAGAAAGCUGACAGCACAGGAAGCCUGCAGCAGAGGACUAGUGUCACAAGUAUUUUGGCCAACAACAUUUAGCCAAGAAGUGAUGCUGCGGGUGAGAGAAAUGGCAUCCUGCAGUGCAGUGGUAUUGGAAGAGUCCAAAUGUCUUGUGCGGAGCUCCCUGAAAUCUGGACUUGAAGAUGUGAAUGAGAAAGAGUGUCAGAUGUUAAAACAGCUGUGGAAUUCUUCUAAAGCACUGGAUGCAUUAUUCAGCUACCUGCAAGACAACAUAUAUGAAGCCUGAUGUCUUGGCUUAACUUAGAAAAUGCCCCAGUUGUGAACCAAGUCAAAUGUUACCUGUGUUUGAAAAGCAGAGGCAAUGCAUCAAUGAGGAAUUUGUGACAGUGUAUCCUAAUACAUAUGGUUGUGUUGAUUUCCUUGUGAGAUACACAGCUGCUUGUAGCUGGUCUGAUUUUGUGUAAGCGAGACGUAGGCAGGCUUGUUCAGUGCACAUAAUCUCAACAGAGGGCUGCAUCUUUCACAUUGCUCAUCCAGGUAAAAGUAUACAUUCCAUGUGCUGAGAAGCACCAUUGAGGCCCAGUAAGGCACACCAUCUGUAAUGAUUUAUUUUGUCUAUCCUUCUUAACUUAUUCUUGCUGUUGCCGCACAUCUGGGCUGAUACAGAGGGCUCAAUAUAAAAACUGGGCAGCACAAUAUUUUGUAGACCCAAACACCAUGCUUUAGAAAUACCUUGAUUUUUUUUCAUUUUUCCUAACAGUGUAAUGGAAAAGUUUGAUAAUUUAUAUGUAUAAUAUGUAAAGUUAGUUUUACAAAAACUACUAGGAUUUUUUUCUUUGUUGAAUUUAUUUAACUUAUUUAUUUUGUGUUCGUGUUCAGCUGUUUAUUGGUCACAGGUCUGAUUUUUCAUACUACCCUUGACUGAAUUAAUGGCAUCACAUGGGAAUGCAAACACAAUUGCAGCAGCAAAUUGUGUAGAAAAAUAAAUACUAUACCGGAAACACGCAGGAUGCUGCGUGCAGUGAAAGAAACAGCCACGUGCAUGCUCCUCUGUGUUUAAAAUUGUACAAAAAAAUGUAUGGAAUAUAUCAUUUGCAAGGGUUAGGGGGG